AUGGGAGCAAAUUACAUAGGAGACUGCGGAGGAUGCAGCAAUAUGGUGGCUCGUGCUAUAGCAGUAACGAACACGUACAACGGCAUGAUGGUGCUUGACCACAAUCUGGACGGAAAUGGCUGCAAAUUUGUAGAAGCAAAUGAAAAUGCUACCUUAGUUGUCAACGAAACGCAAGCUCUAAUGAGCGGUGUAGGAUCGCACCAGGUAAGAUUCCCAUGCAACAAAGAUGGAUUUUGGGAGAGUAGCGCGGGCACAAUCGUCAGUAGUGUCUCUUGUUUGAUCGAAAUUACUUCAAGUGAAAAUACAUCCCCACCGGAGAGCACUAGCGAAACACCAGUCACAACUACUACAACCACGCCACCUCCAGGGAAAGGUAGUGCCAAAAAAGCAACUACGAUUAGCUAGAA